AUGCAAACUGUGACUCGCAGUCUGACGACAAGAACCGUCACCACUCUCUCGCAGUCUGCCCGUCAUUAUGCCCUUCCUCGCUCUACACGCCCUUUCGCGUCCCUCGCCCCCUCGCCGGCAUCAGUCGAAGUAGCACGAGUUCCAGACAACGACCCUGGCCCCAGAAUCAAUACAAAAGGCCCACAGUUCACCGACCAUCCCAUUACCAUCCGCCGCGUCGAGCGCCUGAUCUCGCGCGGCCAAUGCGCCAAAGCAUGUCACUACGUCCUAUCCAAUUCGAGCAGGCAAAGUCUAUCCACGAAUCCCGCCAAGCUCAGAAUCGUCUUAAAGGCCCUUGACGCUUUUCUCAAGAACGGUGCAGAGGCGGAAGCACGCGCCCUGCAACGCGCACUAUUGGACGAUACUUGGGCGGACGUGAGCGCGAGCCAUGGACCCCGCUACGGCCUGAUGCUGCUGUGCCUCGCCAAGCUCACACGUCCCACCCCUACAUCUCGUAGAAAAGGGUUCGAUUGGAGCAUACGGGCACACCGCGACAUCCUACGUCAAGCGCGACCUCUGCUCCAGGACAUAAGCGCCGACGACCUCGCCCGCGUUCUAGACCGACUCUCUCGCGUUCGUGAUGCCGGCGCCAAACUAUGCGUCGCUCUCGCAGGAGAAUAUGCGCGUAUCCACGGCAACAAAAGCCUCUCGCGUCGGUUGGGCAUACAAAUUGCGCGUCUCACCUCCAGCGUGCUCGCGUCAGAGUCGGAGGCGGGAUUCAGACAAUCGAUCAAGCCGUUCCCUGGCGCCGGAGCGCUCAUGCGCGGUACCAAUGAUACGUCCAUGCCUUGGGCGGCGCGCGCUAUGCUUGCUUUACAGCGCACAUCGCAUCUUGAGCAAAAUCUUGCUGAGGCACAGCAUGCGCGUCAUCUGCGAGAACUGUACGAGGAGCGUUCUAAGGGCAAAGGACCUCUCGAGCCGGUCACGUUCAGGCUUGAAGAACUCGUGCGGCCCGAUGGAGAGGACACGCACGCGCCAGAGCUAUCCGAGGUCCAACUCGACCUUAUUGCCGAGGGCGCGCGCAUGUCGCUCCUAGUCUCCUCAGUGGCUCAGCGAGGAUCAGGUGCAAAACCAUCCAAAUCCGAGCGAGCAAGGUUUCGGAAGAUAGGCGAGAGACUCACGGCUUUCUCCCGCGCGGACUUCGAGCGUAUGAGCGAGGCGGAGCUCAAUGAUCUCAUUUCGCGGCAGGAGCAGUAUAUGAGGAUGGUACCGCUCUUUGCUGCCAAGCCUUCGACGGAGAACGCUGCUGGAAGGGAGGAGGCGCGAGCACCUGAUGAUGGACCGUCGGAUGUUCCGGCCCGGACCCUGGAAGAUGGCGAUGAUACCUGCACUGUGGCGGGGCGUGUUCAGCCUGCCGGGUCGCCCGCCGACCUGUCGGAUACAUGCUCAAAGGGCGAUGGGCCGGGGUCGGUGCAGGCUGACGUUGCCUCUCGAGACGCAUAUAGUGAACCCGCCGUCGGGUCUAUAGGCGUUCUCGAGCCACAGUUGCGCAGCUUCGCCGAGCUGCUCGACAUGGAUCCCACCAGUGAAGACAUUAGCAUCAACACGCUCGGUCAGCGCCUCGUGCAUAAGGCUGUGGAAGCUCGUUUUGGGUUUGAGGGUGGGCACGUCGAUCAAGCUGGGCUGAAUAGGAUGGCCGAUCUCGUCGGGCGCUUCGCGGAACUGCAAGCGACAGUCGAGAACGACGUCCAUCACAACCAGAACGAUCCUUCCUCUAAGGUCUCCUUCGACGAGAUCGUCCGUCGCCUUGAUGACGCUUCCUCGCCGACGUCGGGCGAGACGCACGAGCUGGACACCGCGCUUGAACGGGGCGCAUCGACUUUGGAGACCAUCACAACCUUUCUCGCCGAAGUCGCACGCUUGGGCGCCUUCAACCGCUCACACAUCAGCGCCGCUCUCGCCACAAUGUCCUCCCGUGGCAUCGAGCCCGAUGCCCAAUUCUUCACGGUUCUCAUCACCGCCUCGGUCCGCGCCAAGGACAUCGCCCGCGCGCACGCUCUCUACGACGCCAUGCUACGCUCGUCCCAGUCAAACCCGCGUCUCACGCCCACAAGCGUCACAUACGCCAGUCUCUUCAAAGCCGCCGAACUACCACAACCUCGUCCACACACCCAUCCUCGCCCGAAUCCGCGCCACCUCUUCCUCCCUUCGCCGCCCCAAGAAGGAAUCCGCGCCCCACGCGUCCUCUUCAGAGAGAUGAUGGAUCUCCACGACCGCAUCACCCGCGGUAUGCGCAGUCACCGCAAAGGGUCCCCCGGACAAGGGCUGCCGCCCAUAUCCGUGAUCACCAGAGACAGCGCGCGCAUAGCUCUACGCGCGUUCCUCCGCAUAGGCGAUUUUCCCGGUGUACUCGGUGUCCUGCACGCGUUUCAAGAACUCCAUAUGCGGCCUAGCCAUACGACGUGCAACGUCGUCUUCCGCGAACUCACCGUACACAUCCGGCGUGAUACCGCUCGUGCGAAGUAUGUUGCGGGACCCGUCUCCUCGCGCUGGUCGACACGGUUCCUCGGUACAGACGCUACGAAGCUUAACGACUAUCAAUUGAUGUCCCGCCUCUACGACCUCACCUUCCCGAAAGGAACACCUAGAGAUCGGCGGAGCGUUCCGACGUUCGAUAUGGUGCAGGGCGCACAGAGGAUGGGCAAAGGAUCCAGGUGGGAAGUCGGGCCGUUGGAGAAGCUUGUUGACGAAGCGUUGUUCUGCGGGAUGGAGCCUAAGCCGGGGUUGGAGGGGCUUACGCGGGAUGUGGCGAGGGAGGAGGGAGAGGCGGCUAGGAGGGACAUGGUGCCGCCGCCGUUUAGGCCGGGUGGGGCUGAUGGGGAAGUGGGGAGAGUCGUUAGGGCUUGGAAGGCGGCGAAGUUGAGGGAGAGGAGGGAGAGGAGGAGGGUUGAGGAGAAUGGGGUUGGAGAACUGAGGGAAGGAGAUGGGCAGUGGGAUUUCUGA